CGCGUUACUCCUUCCACUCCCCCGCCAUCUGCCCUCCCUCCCUCCCUCCCUAUGUACUCCUCAUGGGAUGACUCCGAGAUGUUUGGAAGCCCUCAGUUUCUGUUCGACUCUGAAAACUCCCCGUUGUCGGGCUACCUCCCCUCUCCCCCCCCUUCUAACGAACCCACUCCUCGCCUGGAGGAACUCGAUUUCGAGCCCUCCAGUGUCCUGAUUUCGACCACCUUUUUCCCCGACGCGGUAUAUCCCGCCUCAUCGAAGGUGAUGGGCCAACAACCCGAUGUCGUGUUGGUGACGCCCGACAAAGUGCACUUCUACGUCCAUUCAUGUCUCCUCGACCUUUCAUGCCACCGUCUAUCGGGCCGCGUCCCCUGGAGCACGGGGCCUGGCGCUUCGCCCGUAACUGUGGAGGUGCCCGACACGUCGCCUGCCCUAAACGUAAUAUUGCACUCGAUAUAUGGAAUGUCGUGCGAGCAGUACACGCCAACGUUUGAAGUCCUCGUAGAGGCUGCAGAUGCGAUGCUCGGGUAUGGACUUGACCCCAAAACCACUAUCAUUCCCUCCACUCCACUCUUUUCUCUCAUCCUUUCUCAGGCUCCACUGUUCCCCUUGGAGCUGUACAUCCUUGCUGCGCGUUACGAUAUGAUCGACUUGGCCACUCCCACAUCAUCUCAUCUGUUGGGAUAUCCCUUAUCCCGAUUAACGGACGUGGACGCCGAACAGAUGGGUUCAAUUUACUUGAAACGGCUAUUCUUCAUGCAUAACGGGCGGAUUGAGGCACUCCGCCGGCUGCUCGUUUCACCACCUCAUCCCCAUGCGCCCACCGGGACCUGUGACUUCUCGGAUCAGAAAGGUCUGAACCGCGCAUGGGCGCUUGCCCGCCUACAUCGUGUGGGACAUUAGGCCAGAUAUGUCCGCUGGCGCGCUUGAGGGCGUCCUCGGCCCACUGGCAGAGCAUUUACCUUGCAAUCAGUGCAUUACGGCUCUAAACGAUCGCAUCAAGACCGUCGUCCACCAAUGGUCCUUGAUAAAGCGCACCAUCUGAGGUAAGCUCCCGUUACACUCCUGUACUACCACCCGCCCCCGAGACGCACACGCAUAGUCUCUGUAUGUAUCAGUAUGUACUGU